AUGGAAGUCACAUCCUCGACUUCAAUAGUGGAUAUCCCACUCCCGCAAGAUAUAAAACCCAAACAUGAACAUAUGCAUCCAAUUAAAGAAAUUUCCAUCGGGGCUAUUUCUGGUAUGAUUGGUAAAUUAGUUGAAUUCCCCUUCGAUACUAUAAAAGUCAGAUUACAAUCCUCAAAUUCCUUGCAUCGAAUCUCCACCUAUCACAUGAUAAAACUGACAUAUCAAAAUGAAGGGUUCUUUAAUGGAUUUUAUAAAGGAUUGAAAGCACCUUUAGUUGGAGCUUGUUUGGAGACUUCAAUCUUGUUUACUAGUUAUAAUUUUGCAUCUACCGUAUUGGUAAAUACACUUAAAGAUCAAGCUCAAUCUACGAAAUAUCAUACUGAGAGUUUACCAUUCUGGUCAAAAUGUGUUGCUGGGGGGUUUGCAGGUUUAAUGGCAUCAUUUAUAUUGACACCGGUAGAACUCAUAAAAUGUCAAUUACAAGUAGCUAAUUUGGUAUCCCAUGACAAAAGUUCAGCAACGUAUACUUCAUUAAUUAAAUCUACGAUAAGAGAAAAAGGUAUUUCUGGAUUGUUUAAUGGAUUAUCAUCGACUGUAACUAGAGAAGUCAUAGGAACAUCAAUUUGGUUUGGGACUUAUGAAUAUAUUAAUGAUUAUUAUAAAAAAGCCAAAGAUCCAUGGAUUAAGAAUGAAAAUAUACAAUUAUUGUUAAGCGGGGCCAUGGCCGGGGUGACGUUUAACUUAUCGAUGUUUCCUGUGGAUACUAUUAAAUCCAAUAUUCAAACACAUGGAAUGUUUAAUACUGGUCUGAAACGUAGUGCUGGGUUUUGGUCUAUAGCAAAAUAUCUUCUUGCAAAAAAUGGUGGGAUUCGGAAUUUGUAUAAUGGGUUAGGAAUUACUAUGAUACGGUGUAUUCCAGCAAAUGCAUUAAUCUUUUAUAGUUAUGAAGUAUUGAAAAGAAACUUCUAA